AUUUCUCAGAAUAUCUUUUUCUGUUUAACUCAUUGUUAGAAACUAUGGUUGCCAGCUCAUUUCAACAUCACCUCGAGCCAAUGCUAACACAGCCAAUUCCGUGCCAAAUUUGUACAUAUCAAUCUCAUGGGGUUAACUUUAACGUUAUGACUUGUAGGGCUUGCGCCGCAUUUUUCAGAAGAUCUCUUGUGUGCGGAAUGAGAUACCAUUGCAAAACCCGAAAAAAUGACUGUAGAAUUGACAGUACCGAGCGACACUUUUGUAGGCUUUGCAGGUUUCAAAAGUGCCUACAGAUGGGAAUGAAGGCAGAAAAAAUCCAACAAAAUCGUGAUCCAAUAUCUUCAACAUUCCCGGGAACAUCAACCGAGCCCGAAUUGUCUGAAAUUGUUGAUCCUGAAAACGAAAAAAGUUAUAUAUUUCAUGGAACCCUGUAUGGCUUCAAAAGUUUGUUGGCUGAAGUUCGAUAUAUUUUCAGUAUUUCAAGAAACUACUCUGACAGCCCCUUAACUGAUCUCGAAAACGGUUUCAAACUUAUCACAAGGCAUCAGAAACGGCGAUAUAUUGACAUUGAGGACCGGAUCAAUUUCCAAAAUCUCACCGAUUUUCGGCUGGGUCAUAUAAAAAACUGUGCCACGUGGUUAACGCAUUCUUCAUUUUUUCAAAGCUUAACUGAAACCGAAAAUUUAUUGAUUUUAAAAUCAACGUGGCAUGUGUGGUCUUGGCUAGAACUUUUGUCCGUUUCUGUUGAAAUAUUUGGGAAUCAAGUCUGCGAGGAAAAGAUUGUAUUUCUAUCCGAAAAAAUUGCAGUCGACAUAGUGAAGGUUUUCCGGUAUAUUUUGAAACCCCUAAACAAACAGGAAAAGAGAAAAGUUGAAAAGGAGCUAAACCCGAUAUUUCACAUACUUUUUGAUGACGUGGCAAGAAAAUUACAGAAUUUAAAGCCAAGUUCAUUGGAGAUAAAUUAUAUGCUGUGGCAGUUAGUCUGGUUUGUAGCUGAAAAAGUUCUUAACGAAGACAACCUGCGGCAUGGGGAACAAUAUACAAAUCAAUUAGCCAGCGACCUGCAUAAUCACUACAAAAACGAUCUCCACUUAGAGCAAUAUGCACAAAGAGUUCUGAAAAUGAUGGCAAUUGUGAAAAGCUUACAGAAACAUUUAAUGAACAUCCAUAAAAUAAUUGAUUAUGCUGAUAACUUUUGUAACUUAUUUGCAAUGAAAUAAAAUAUAUUGCUAUUAAA